CAAUCAUCUAAUUUACACUUAUACUUCUAUCAAAAUCCUAAGUUUUCUGAAUCUUACUAUUCUAAGGGCCUUUAGAUCUUUCCUCGCAAUCCUGGUCUCUCUCUCCAAUCAACUUCAAAUUCCUACUUCCCAGUAAAAACCCUAAAUCUUCCCCACCAGUUCCUCCGAAUUGAGCCGCCGUCGUAGCGAUGGCGAACCCCGUCGUCCCGUGCCCUUCCGCCGCCGCCUACGGCCCCGGCGGCUGCGAUGGCGUAGGCUGCUCCUCCAGCCACAACGUCUGGGCUCACCGUGUCCGCCACAACGGCGGCGUCUACCGCCUCUGCUCCUCCUGCGUUCUCCUCGGCCACCGCGACGCCUUCUGCUCCGUUUGCCUUGACGUCUUCCCGGGGGACGCGCCCUUCCAAGAUGAUUUCUAUAACCCCAUCGUCUCAUGCUCCUGCUGCGGCGUCGAGCCCGUCGCCGCCGCCCACCUCGCCUGCCUCACGGACCCUUCCUACUUCGUGUGCCCAGCGUGCGCCGCCGCCGCCGAGGGCAGGACCUUCACUUACGCCCCCUCGAGCGGUGCCCCGCACGCGCUGGCGGAGCGCGUGCUCCUCGUCGCGGCGCGGCUCGCGCACGAGUCCGUCGCCCGUGCCGCGGCGGCGGCGCGCGAGCAGGCGGAGCGCCUGAUCCGGGAGGCGGCCGCCGCCAGGAAGCGCGCGCGCGACAUGGUAGACGUGGCCUGCCGCGUCCUGGAGGCGGAAGCCAGGGACGCCAAAGAGCAGGCCGCGGCGCCCCCCUCACCCGUGCUGACCAAGAAGACGACCCCGAAGAACAGCGCAGCAAACAGGAGCAGCGACAAGCCUCUCAAGAUCAAUUCAAUACAGAAGCCGGCGCUGGCGUUCGCCGCAGCGGCAGCCGCGGCCGCCGCCGCGGCCAGCUCAACGCCAUUGUCGACGCCGUCGCCCGCGGGGGAAAGGAAGCCAAUGAAACAGGGAAGAGGUGAGUCAACAAGUAGUUAUUGGCUGCCGAUGAUGAACAGCAAUUGUGAUUUGAGACAACUAUUUUUUCUCUGUACAGUACUAAUUGCCGUGUAAUUCUCUCAGCUUCAGCAAACAGAGGAGCAAAAGAUGAUCAAAGGACACUGUUUGGUGCCUUUCAACCGUGAUGACUCCAUGUGUUUUUUGAUCUUUGAAGCUAAGUGACAUUGAAUGGUCUGGGCUAUUGGCCGUGCAGUGUAAAAAGAAUCCCAAGUUUAGAUCUAAUAACAGCUAGCAAUUGGUGUAUCUAUCUACUUGGUGUUCAUAUUAUUAAAAUUUAUUUCUAAUGAUUUUACUGCUGCGCAAAUGAAAUGCAAUUG